GACGUAUCAACAAGGGGCGCGGGGGCGUAGCGCGCUAGCAGACGCGGCAGUAUUAAACGGCUGCAGGCGCGGCGAGUUGUUAGUGGCUUCCUUCGUCUUAGGCGCUCGUAGUCGUGUUCCGCCUCUCGCUCUCAUCCUGUGAAGCCUAAGCCGGCUACACCUUCCUCACUCCUUCUACCUGUAGCCGUGUCAUUGCGACUCCGCCACCAUGUUCGAGGCGCGCCUGGUCCAGGGCUCCAUCUUGAAGAAGGUGCUGGAAGCGCUUAAGGAUCUCAUCAACGAGGCCUGCUGGGACAUCAGCUCAAGUGGCGUGAACCUGCAGAGCAUGGACUCGUCUCAUGUCUCCUUGGUGCAGCUAACCCUUCGCUCCGAGGGCUUCGACACUUACCGCUGCGACCGCAACUUGGCCAUGGGCGUGAACCUCACCAGCAUGUCCAAAAUACUAAAAUGUGCUGGCAAUGAAGACAUCAUUACCUUACGGGCUGAAGAUAAUGCAGACACCUUGGCACUAGUAUUUGAAGCUCCAAAUCAGGAAAAGGUUUCAGACUAUGAAAUGAAGUUAAUGGAUUUAGAUGUUGAACAACUUGGAAUUCCAGAACAGGAGUAUAGCUGUGUAGUAAAGAUGCCUUCUGGUGAAUUUGCACGUAUAUGCCGAGAUCUCAGUCAUAUUGGAGAUGCUGUUGUAAUUUCCUGUGCAAAAGAUGGAGUGAAAUUUUCUGCAAGUGGAGAACUUGGAAAUGGAAAUAUUAAGUUGUCACAGACAAGUAAUGUUGAUAAAGAGGAGGAAGCUGUUACCAUAGAGAUGAAUGAACCAGUUCAGCUAACUUUUGCACUGAGGUACCUGAACUUCUUUACAAAAGCCACUCCACUCUCUCCUACAGUAACACUCAGUAUGUCUGCAGAUGUACCCCUUGUUGUAGAGUAUAAAAUUGCUGAUAUGGGACAUUUAAAGUACUAUUUGGCUCCCAAGAUCGAGGAUGAAGAAGGAUCUUAGACAUUCUUAAAAUUCAAAGAAAUAAAACUAAGCUCUUUGAGAACUGCUUCUAAGAUGCCAGCACACACUUAAGUCUUUUUUGUCUUUGUACCUCUGAAUACAUAUUGUAGAUACUGUUUUCUGUAAAUAAUUUUUUUUUCUCCAUCAUCUACAACUUGUUUAAAGAAAAGUCCAAAGUCAAAUCUGGUCUUGUUAACCGAGUAAUACUUCUGCGUUACCUAGGAAUAAUCCUUAUAGUUUUUAUAAACAAGAGUUUUGAUCCUAAAUGUGUUUUAAGUAUCAUUUUCAAUUUAAAUAAAAGUCAUUUGAAUUUAA